AUGGCGCUGAAACUUCCAGCUACUGAGGCUGCCAAGGUUGCAAUCCAGUCUAUUGGAUGUGGAUACGAUAUUGCGUUGGAUUUGAGGCUCAAGUAUUGUAAAAGGGAUUCGACUAAUACACGUUUGAUUGAUAUUGACGAUGAUCAGGGCAGAGAGAUUGUUCUUCCUGGUGGAAUUUCAAUCCCUAAUGUGUCCACCUCGAUAAAAUGUGAUAAAGGGGAACGGACGCGGUUUCGGUCUGAUGUUCUUCCUUUCCAGCAGAUGUCAGAGCAAUUCAACCAGGAAAUAUCAUUGACUGGGAAGAUUCCUUCGGGCCUAUUCAAUGCUAUGUUUGAGUUUUCAGGCUGUUGGCAGAAAGAUGCAGCCAACACUAAAACCCUGGCCUUUGAUGGAGUGUUCAUCACACUUUACACAGUUGCACUAGAAAAAUCUCAGAUGAUAUUGUGUGAUCAUGUGAAGAAAGCUGUACCAUCGUCAUGGGAACCUGCUGCAUUGGCAAGGUUCAUUGACAAAUUCGGCACUCACAUUAUUGUUGGUGUGAAGAUGGGAGGGAAGGAUGUAAUAUAUAUGAAGCAGCAGCAUUCAUCAUCACUUCAAUCUGCUGAUGUGCAGAAAAAGUUAAAGGCGAAGGCAGAUAAGAGAUUUUCAGAUGCAAAUGGACAAAAUGGAAUGGAAUCUGAACAACUUUAUAGGAGUGACAAGUUUGAAAUCAGGGAGCAGCGGCUGAGGUUUGCAGAUAUCAGCCCUUCAAGUUCUUGUUCAUACAAGGAGGAUGUCGUAAGCAUUUGCAAGAGGAGGGGUGGAAGCGAUAACAGAAACCUAACCCAUAAUGAUUGGUUGCACACAGUGCAGUUAGAGCCUGAUGUGAUCUCAAUGUCCUUCAUCCCAAUAACCUCUCUGUUGAAUGGUGUCUCAGGCAGCGGGUUUUUGAGCCAUGCUAUAAAUCUCUAUUUGCGCUAUAAACCACCAAUUGAAGAGCUCAAUCAGUUUUUGGAAUUUCAGCUGCCGAGGCAGUGGGCGCCUGUUUUCAGUGAUCUUCCUCUUGGUCCGCAGCGGAGGCAACAUAGCACACCGUCUUUACAGUUUAGUUUCAUGGGUCCCAAGCUUUACGUGAACACCACCCCGGUAAAGCUUCUGUUGUUUGAUAUAAUAUCUUCAUUGGUUGUUCCCACUUUGAUCAAUGCAAAUUGUGCGGUGAUUUUUCAUUUUGAGUUGGAUUUUGUCUAUCAACUCUGUGGCUUAGCAUCUCUUAGGCAUUAA